CCGGGCGUCCGCGGGGUGGGGAAGUUGCGCAGAGGUCCGGCCGGGCCGGCCACCUCCAGCCUCCUGGGGCGAGAGCAGCAGCUGUUCUCGCAGGCGCGGUGGAGUCGCGAGUGGCAGCCGGCUGGGGGCUCCCGCCCCUUCCCCUCCCGUCCCCUCCGGGAGCACCUCUCGGGUGACACCGCUGGAGUCGCACCGCGAUGAAGUGUGAUGGAGAAGCUCGCGUCCGUCGGGCCGCUUCCUAAACGCUUCGUCCCGCUCGGCUUCUCUGUCUCAGGACGCCCACCUGGGUCAGAUUCACGGUUUCCUAGGGGCCGGUGCUGUUCUAGGCACAGCAUAAGGAUAUUUUCGGUCGCCCAGAAAAAGGGAGUCAAGAGCCUGUCUUCUCUGGAUCCGGAGGUCCUGUCGGUCUUCGUGCCUCCGUUUGUCACUAAGGAGGACAGUCAGCCGGCCGGCGUGAACUGUGUGACGCUGGGUAAGACCAGGAGGCGCUCCUUCCGGAAGAAGAGAGAGAGGCCCAAGGCGGAGCCCUCGAAGGGCCACCCCGGCGGCCCCAGGGGCCAGGACCCCGAGGACGUGGGCAUCCCCAACGGCGUGGACCUGCUCGCCCUGCCGCAGCUCUGCUUCCCAGGGGGCAUGUGUGUGGCCUCUGAGCCCAAGGAGGACUGUGUCCACUUUCUGGUGCUGACUGAUGUCUGCGGCAAUAGAACCUACGGCGUGGUGGCCCAGUACUACCGACCCCUGCACGACGAGUACUGUUUCUACAAUGGCAAGAUGCGCUGGGAGGCGUCAGGUCUGGGCCGGAGCGCGGCCGGCUGCUUCGUGCCCUUUGCCGUGUGUGUGGUUUCCAGAUUCCCCUAUUACAACGCCCUCAAGGACUGCCUCUCCUGUUUAUUGACUCAUCUGAAGAUCUGUAAAGAUUUCGAAGUUGACAAUCAUAUAAAAGAUUUUGCUGCAAAACUGUCUUUAAUACCUAGCCCGCCUCCUGGACCACUCCAUUUGACAUUGAACAUGAAACCACUACAGAUCGUAUUUCCCUCGCGAGCAGACCCCGAAAGCCCCCUCAUCGACCUGGACCUUCACCUGCCCUUACUGCGCUUCAGACCUGAGAAGGUGCUACAGAUCCUAACGUGCCUUCUGACGGAGCAGCACGUCGUGUUCUUCUCGUCCAGCUGGGCUCUGCUGACGCUCGUGGCUGAGUGCUUCAUGGCCUACCUGCACCCCCUGCAGUGGCAGCACACCUUCGUCCCCAUCCUGUCACGGCAGAUGUUGGACUUCGUCAUGGCGCCCACGUCCUUUCUCAUGGGCUGCCACCUGGACCACUUUGAAGAAGUCAGCAAGGAAGCCGAUGGUUUAAUUCUGAUAAACAUUGACACUGGGAGCAUCACCUACUCUAACGAUGAGGACGUUGACGUUCCUGACAUCCCUCUUCUGGCGGCACAGACGUUUAUUCAGAGGGUCCAGAGCCUUCAGAUGCACCGUGAGCUGGACCUCGCUCACCUCUGCGCCAGCACAGACCUGAACGAGGGGCGAGCCUGCCGGCGGGCCUGGCAGCAACGGCUUAACUGUCAGAUCCAGCAGAUCACCCUGCAGCUGCUCGUCUGCAUCUUCAGGGGAGUGAAGAAUCACUUAAAUUAUGAACAUAGGGUGUUCAAUAGUGAAGAGUUUCUCAAAACAAGAGCUCCAGGGGACCAGCAGUUUUAUAAACAGGUCUUGGAUACCUAUAUGUUUCAUGCUUUCCUCAAGGCUCGGCUCAGCAGAAGGAUGGACGCCUUUGCCCAGAUGGACCUCCACACGCAGUCCGAAGAGGACAGGAUAGACGGGAUGCUCCUGAGUCCAAGAAGACCCACAGUCGAGAAGAUGGCCAGCCGGAAGUCCUCAGCCCCACACGGGGCUCACAGGCGCAUGGUGGUCAGCAUGCCCAACCUGCAGGACAUCACGGUGCCCGAGCUGCCACCCCGGAACUCGUCGCUGCGGAAGAUACGUACCGAGGAUUGUGGAAGCAGCCACACAGUUCUGGACGUGCCCCCCAAGUUGACAUACACCUUCAAGAUCCCGGAAAUCCACUUUCCACUGGUGGGCCAGUGUGUGCAGGCGUUCCACGCGGACUGCGUGGCCCAGCUGAGCAAAGUCAUGGACUCGCUGGCCCCCGAGAACUCGGUGCUGCUGGCGAGGUACUUCUACCUGCGAGGGCUUGUCCAGCUGAUGCAGGGCCAGCUGCUGGGCGCCCUCCUGGACUUCCAGAGCCUGUACAAGACGGAUGUGCGCAUCUUUCCCACCGACCUCGUCCAGAGGACGGUGGAGUCCCUGUCGGCGCCCGAGCGCGCGCAGGCCGAGCGGACGCCCGAGCUUCGCCGGCUCAUCAGUGCGGUCGUGGACAAGCCCAAGGACACCCCCAAGGCCGACGACCGCGUGAAGAACUUCGAGCUGCCCAAGAAGCACAUGCAGCUGGACGACUUUGUGAAGAGGGUGCAGGAGUCGGGCAUCGUGAAGGAUGCGGGCAUCAUACAUCGGCUCUUUGAGGCAUUAACCGUAGGACACCAGAAACAGAUUGACCCAGAAACAUUCAAAGAUUUCUACAACUGCUGGAAGGAGGCAGAAGCAGAGGCCCAAGAGGUCAACCUGCCUUUUUCGGUGAUGGAACAGCUGGACAAAAACGAGUGUGUGUAUAAGCUGUCAAGCUCCGUCAAAACAAAUCGCGGUGUGGGCAAGAUCGCCAUGACCCAGAAGCGCCUGUUCCUCCUUACUGAGGGGAGGCCGGGCUACGUGGAGAUUUCCACCUUCAGAAACAUAGAGGAAGUCAGAAGCACCACAGUAGCUUUUCUGCUCCUGAGAAUUCCCACUUUAAAAAUCAAAGUGGUGUCCAAGAAAGUCUUUGAAGCUAAUCUUAAAACAGAGUGUGACCUGUGGCACCUGAUGGUGAAGGAGAUGUGGGCUGGGAAGAAGCUGGCCGACGACCACAAGGACCCCCAGUACGUCCAGCAGGCACUGACCCACGUCCUGCUGAUGGACGCCGUCGUCGGUGCACUGCAGUCGCCCGGCGCCAUCUACGCGGCCUCCAAGUUAUCUUACUUUGAUAAGAUGAAGAACGAAAUGCCCAUGGCAGUUCCGAAGACGACCUCAGAGACCCUGAAGCACAAGAUCAACCCUUCCGCAGAAGAGACCUUCCCACGCGCCAUCGAUGUCCUGCUCUACACCCCAGGGCAUCUUGACCCAGCAGAAAAAGUUGAGGAUGCUCACCCCAAAUUAUGGUGCGCUCUGAACGAAGGCAAGGUGGUCGUAUUUGAUGCUUCCUCUUGGACAAUUCACCAGCACUGCUUUAAAGUGGGCACUUCUAAACUGAACUGUAUGGUGAUGGCAGAGCAAAGCCAGGUGUGGGUCGGCUCGGAGGACUCGGUCAUCUACAUCAUCAACGUCCACAGCAUGUCCUGCAACAAGCAGCUCACGGACCACCGCUCCAGCGUCACGGGUCUGGUCGUGCAGGACGGAGCGCAGGCACCCAGCACUGUGUACUCGUGCAGCGCGGACGGGACAGUCCUGGCCUGGAACGCGAGCUCCCUGCGGGUGACCAGCAGGUUCCAGCUGCCGGGCGACGGGUUCUCGGCCAUCAGACUGCACGGCGGCCGCCUCUGGUGCUACCACAUCCCUCAGCUUUGGUUGACCUCCGGUGACUGUCAGAUGUGCGUGUGUCCAUCCAUGGAUGCAUUUUGGACCAAAAGUUGCCUGUUAAAUAUAGUGAGAGACAUGACAGAUUAGAAUGAGGAUAUGGAUAACCUUGUUUUCAGGAUGGAAUCCCUCUUAUUUUUCAACUUAACGAAUACAGUAAGUAGUUUUCCUAUUUAACAACAAUGAGAAAAGGACAAGAGGAAAGCAGGGCUUCUUCGGGUAAAAGCGAGUGUCUGCUGUGAAGUGUCGUUCCAAGUCUUUAUCUAAACAAGGAUAACAGCUAAAGCCUUGGUCACUUAUCAGCUGUGGUCCGUGGGCACUGAGGUGUGGCCUGAGAGUGUGUGUGGUGGGGGACAGGUGACGCCUCUGACUCCUCCCCAGGCCCUUGGCGAGGUGAGCCUGAGGGUCCCCGGCUUCCCUUUCUACUUCUGUCCCAGUAUUUCAGACCCUGCAUGCCUUCCCUGUGUCUGGAUGGAAGCUGCCUUUACUGCAGCACUGCCCCUCUCCCGGGCCUGACGUUUCUGGGAGGGAGCGGACCCCGUCCCUGCUCCCUGUGGCCGGAGGUCUGCUCUGUGAUGUUGCUGGCACACCUGUGGUUCAGGCUGCAGCCUCCGUGUGCAUUCAAGUUCAAAUCCAGGCGCUGCCACCGAUGACUGGUCACUUUGGGCUGGUCCCCUGCACUCUUGGAGUCUCUGUUCCUUCAUCUGAAAAGUGAGAUGGAAAUACCAUCCCUCCCACAGGAGAGCACGUUGACGGCUGGGAGAUGUGAGAGGCAGAAAGCGGGCCUUGGAGCGUCCGUGAGUGUGAGGGUUGGUGACAGUUACCCCAGAGGACCGCUUCCCUGGAUCUCGUGGACAGAGCUCUCCCCAGGUCCUCCUCCCUUCCACCACCCACGGCAGGGGCACCUUCCCUUUGGGUACCCGGCCCACCUCGAGGACAGUGAUGGGUCUCACCCACAUCUGUUGCCCCCGUCUCCCGCUCCGCGUGCAGCAGGGCCCCUACGUGCUCGCACAAGCAGGGUCGCUGUGAACUCCGCCCUGUGCAGUUUGGCAGGCGGCGAGCGUGCUGGUUGGCAUACCCCCGGGGGCACUAGCACCUCCUGGCAGGACUUCCUGCCACCCAGGUCUUGCUGACAGGCAGCAGCAUCCUAGGGGCCUGUUAAUUAGUCCAAGUGGAUAAUGGCAUCUCGGGAUAAAAGGAGGGAUGCUGGGGUUUGCUUAUUAGGUCUCAGGCAGGAAAGAGAGGUAUGGGCGGGCUCUCGCCACCUGUGACUGAGAACCCAGCUGAGCUUCUGAGUCCUGAGGGCAGCCAAGGACAGAGGGGUCAUUUCUCUGUGGACCUGGAGUCCACCCACCAUGACAGGAAGCCGGAGCCCACCUUGGGGACUCGUGCCCCCUCCCUCUGGAGCCAGAUGGCACUGCCUGAGGGCAGGGCUGUGUCCUCCUGUCCUGGUGGCCUCAGCACAGGGCGGGAGGUGGAGGACGCAGGCAGUAAAAGCCAAGAGAGGACAGCCCUGCAGCUCUUCACCUUCCCUCGAACCUGACUCCGUCUCCCCUGCACCCUUGAUCUGACCUCCUACCUGCGGUACUAAUUUUGGUGACCUGUAGCUCUCGUGAUGUGCAAACUCUUGGUUUGCUGGAGUGAGUAACAGAAAGAGACAGAGAGAGACGUGUCCCAUGGCGGGACACCAUCGCCUAGAGCUCUAGUCCUCACCGCCGGGGGUGGGAGAUGCUGUGGCCUCAAGUGAUUGAUAGGAAAUGCCAAGUAACCGUGGCAGGAAGGGUUCCGAAAGCCUCAGAAGAGGGUGCUGGACUCCAGCCGUUUCCUUGUCGGUAAAAAUGGGGCUAAUGGUCUGAGUGUCCCUGCGAGAAAAUGCGAAGGCGCCACGGGGCAGCUACAGUUAGAGAUGCCGACACCAUGGUCAGAUGUGGUGCAGGAGCCGUGGCCCCACUGGUCACACCGCAGGUCACACUGCAGCUCUCCCGGCGCUUUCACCCCUGUGCUCCGAGCUCGCUCGGCCUGCCCCUCAUGCUGGCUCUUCUGCCCCGCAGGUACCGGUAACAGUAUCAUGGUCGUGACCACGGCUGGAUUUCUUCAUCAAGAACUGAAGAUUGGCGAGAACUUUAAAGAGAUAAGCACCUCCUUCCUGGGUUUCCAGCUCAUGCCCGAG